UUCUCUUCGGAAAAUGGCAGCUCCCAGCGAGACGCAAGGCGGCAUACCACCGAGAUCGUUUUACUCGAAAAAAGGUGUAACAGCGAGGGACGUUCUAGAAAGGAUCGCACACGGUGACGAUGUCAGCGACUUCAGUGAUCUGUCGGAAAGUGACGACGAGGAAUGGAAUCCGCCAGACAACUGUGCUCCCGAUGACGACGAAAGCGAUCAGGAGGUUCAGGCGGACGGUGACUGUGGUCCUACUAUUAGUUCAUCUUCACUCCCAAGAAAUGGGUGGGAAAAGGAGCUGCUCAAGGCUUCUCAUCCGGAAUUUUCAAGAACAUUCGGUUACGUAGAUGAGCAGGACACGCCAAUAGCUUUGUUUCGAAAGUUCCUAACCAAGGAAAUGCUCGAAAUGCUUGUGCAACAUACAAACCUGUACAGCACUCAAAAAUGCGGAAGCUCGGUCAACACCGAUCUCCAAGAACUGGAGCAGUACAUUGGUAUGUACUUACAGAUGGGACUUGUGAAGAUGCCAAACGUUAGAUGCUAUUGGGAAAAUGGCACAAGACACUCCCCAAUUGCAGACGUCAUGUCACGAAACCGCUUCACGAAACUCAUGAGGUCUCUGCACGUCGUUAACAACUUGGAGGUUACUGACGGACAGAAGGAGGACAAGCUGUGGAAGCUGCGUCCUUGGCUAACAAAGCUCCAGCAAAACUUCCAGGCCAUCGAGCAGGAGGAAUGGAAUGCAGUCGACGAGAUCAUGGUGUCAUUUACCGGAAGGAGCCAUCUAAAACAGUAUAUUCCCAACAAGCCGGCACCAUGGGGAUUCAAGCUCUGGGGACGAGCAGGCACAACAGGUAUCCUUUACCAGUUUGACGUCUACCAAGGCCACUCCAAGCAAAAGUACACAUUUGGACUUGGAGGUGAUACUGUCCUCAGCAUGUGUUCUGAGGUACCGCCCAACGAAGGAUUCAAAGUCGCCGCUGACAACUUUUUUAGCACGCUGGACCUAGUUGACAAGCUGACAAAAAGAGGCAUUCAGUAUGUGGGGACACUUCGUCAAAACAGAAUGAGAGACUGCAAAAUGAUGGAUGAAAAGUCACUGAAAAAACGUGGACAGGGAUCAUACGACCACCGCGUCAACAACCAGAAAGGCAUUGCCGUUGUCCGCUGGUUUGACAGAAAGGCAGUAACACUGGUGUCAAACUUCGUGGCUGUUGAACCUGUCGAAACUGUAAAAAGGUACGAUAGAAAAGCUAGAGAGCAUGUUGACGUGCCACGACCCGCAAUAGUUGCUCUCUACAACAGCUUCAUGGGGGGCAUUGAUCAGCACAAUUACCAGGUGUCUCUCUACAAGUUCAACAUCAGGUCGAGGCGCUGGUACCUGUACAUCUUUUACCACACAAUAAUUAUGUGUGUGGUAAAUGCCUGGAACAUCCAUAGACGACAAUGCACACAACUGAAAGAGAAGCCCAUGAAGCUGAGAACUUUUAUUGCUUCGGUGGCUGAAAGUUUGUCGCUUUCGGGAAAGGCAAGGAGAGGAAGGCCAUCGUGUUUGCCAUCGCCUUCGGCAAAGAAACGGAAAGUCUCGUCAAGAGGACUCCAAGAUGAUGUCAGGAGGGACGGAGUUGGACACUGGCCUCUAGUCACGAGUAAAAGGCUGAGGUGCAAGCACUGUGUGCCAGAGGAAAACCACUUCAGCUCAAUCAAAUGCUCUAAGUGUGACGUAACCUUGUGCAUGAACAAGGACAGGAACUGUUUCUAUGAGUACCACAAGCCCUAAACCUCUAGCAGCAAAUGUCCACAGAACGGGUCAGAGAAAGCCCACUGUAUUAUA